CAUCUAAGAGGACUAUACAAAUAUUUUUUCGUUAAUUAGAAAUUAAGGGUAGAACAAAUUUUAUAUUAGAUUAAGCCUAACACAAUUCUCCUCUUUUUGGACGGCAAACUUAGAACAAAGACAAACCUAUGCUUUGGAAUAUCAACCCAUAUUAUGAAUUAUGAAUAUCAAUCAAUACCAUAUACUAUGUAAAUCCAUCUUCAUCUUCAACCAAGUAUGGCAACUUUUGAGUUAGAGAAGCUGCCUCUUACAUAUACUCAUUCACUUUCAGAUUCUUCCUCUGCCUAUCAACCUUUCCCUUCUCAUUCUCACUACCAAAAAUAUUAUCACUACAAUCUUGUUAUCACUGAUAAGGACCAAUUCCGUAAUUUCCUUCUUGUUUCAUUAACAAUCAUUCUUGCCAUCAUAGCAUUGGUUCUAAUCCUGCACUUUUUACCCCAUAAGAACAAGCAUCAAGGAACUUCAAUCAAUUUCAAACUCGCAAUUAACCAUGCUCUAACUUUUUAUGAUGCACAAAAAUCUGGACACUAUCCGAAGAACAGCCCAGUGAAAUUUCGAGGCGAUUCAGGAUUAGGCGAUGGAAAAUCAGCAGAUACUGAUCUUGUUGGUGGAUUCUAUGACUCUGGCAAUAACAUUAAAUUUACUUUCACCACAGCUUAUACUACAACCUUGUUGAGUUGGAGUGUGAUGGAAUAUCAUAGUAAAUAUGCUGAUCUUGGUGAGCUUCAACAUGUUAGAGACAUAAUCAGAUGGGGAAGUGACUAUCUCCUUAAGGUGUUCAUUCUCCCAACUUCAACAUCUAAAUCCAACCUUACAAUAUACUCUCAGGUUGGAAAUACCAUUAGUGAUAAGGGAGAGCCAAAAAAUGAUAUAAGCUGCUGGCAAAGACCUGAAGACAUGGAUUAUGCAAGACCAGUUUCAAUUUGUGACAGUUCUGCUUCAGAUUUAGGAGGUGAAAUUGUUGCAGCAUUAUCUGCAUCAUCUAUGGUAUUAAAAAAUGACACAGAAUACUCAAAGAAACUAGUCAAAGCAGCAGAAACUCUACACAAGUUAGUCACAAGUGAAGAUCCAAAGAAGCAAGGAACUUACACAAUGGUUGAUGCAUGUGGAAAACAAGCAAGAGAUUUCUACAAAUCAUCAAGUUACAAAGAUGAAUUGGCAUGGGGAGGAACAUGGUUGUUUCUUGCUACUGGAAACUUAACUUAUCUUGAUUAUGCUACUGAGACUUUUAAAUCUGCCAAGAGCAAUGAAUCAGAUUUUGAUAAUGGAGCCUUUGAUUGGAACAACAAGCUCAAUGCAGUCGCGGUUUUGCUAACAAGAAUUCGAUACUUUCGUGAUCCCGGAGGAUUGUAUGAACAUGCUUUGAGGCUCUCAUCAAACUCAACACACUCCCUCAUGUGCUCUUUGCUGUUCAAUGAUUUUAGCAGGACACCUGGUGGAUUGAUUAUCAUGAAAGAUGAUAAUGGGCCAUUACUAGAGUAUGCUGCAACAGCAUCAUUCCUCAGUAAAUUGUAUAGUGAUUAUCUUCAUCAUCUCAAGUUCUCUGGUGCAAAAUGCAAGAGUAAUGUGUUUUCGGUGGCUAUGCUUCGCGAAUUUGCUAGUUCUCAGGUUAACUACAUAUUGGGACAGAAUCCUUUGAAGAUGAGUUACUUAGUGGGAUAUGGUGACAAAUUUCCAGUGCAUGUUCAUCACAGAAGUGCAUCAAUUCCAUGGGAUGAUAAGAAGCAUUAUAGUUGUGAUGGUGGCAAGAAAUGGCUCAACUCGAAGGAUCCGAAUCUGCAAGUUCUUGUUGGAGCCAUGGUGGGAGGGCCAGACAUGCAUGAUGGUUUCAUAGAUCAAAGGAACAAUUCAAGGUUCACUGAGCCAAACAUAGCAAGCAAUGCUGGUUUAGUUGCAGCACUUAUUGCACUUUCUGAUAACUCAAGUGGCUUGAAGGAUUCAUUUUGAACUUCUCCGUUUGCUAUACUAUGUUUGAUCAAAUUGGUUUCAUUUUUACAUCAAUCUUUUGAUCUUAGUUUAAAUUUCACGUCCAAUCUUGUGAGAAGAACAGAGCAAAAGAUUUUAUAAAUAAGAUAUUCACCAAUGGAGAGCUUUUUAAUAUUUUUUGUGGGCCUAAUUAUCUUACAAUAAAAUUUGUAUGGGACUUAAUUUGUCAAACAUGCAUAUUAAACUGUAACUUAAUCCUUUCCAUGUAUAUUAAGGCUAUAUUUGCUUAUUAUCUCAGAACAAUAAAAAUGCAGACACAGACAUACAUGAACGCAAACAUAGAUAUACAUGAAUACAUGUAGUCUGUUUGGUUGUU